AUGAACCAUUUCUUCGGACUGUCUGCCACCGCACCUUCGUCGCCGACGGUCCACACCAGCAACUAUGUCAAUGGCGUCAAUGGGGGAAAGCAUAGGGACGAUGGUUACAGCAGGGCAACCGAGUCUCCCACUGAUGAGAAAGCACUUCCUGUUCUGCCACCGCCCAGCGUCCCAUACUGGUCACAAUCCUUGAACAACAUCGAGGGCAAUGGUAUCAAUGGCGGUCGUUUUGACAAACCCAUUCCCAGUCGCCAAUACGACUCACCCUACUCACGCAGUCUCUCUUCCACUGCGCCAGGGUCGCCGCGAAUCCCACCUGUCAGACAGAAUUCUGGCAAUCACACUCCACGGAUUCGGCCACAUGCAACAACCCUCAACAUCCCUGGUAUGACGCGCUCAAAGGCAUCCCCCGAUGGGCGUAUUCCUGACAGAGAUGUUGCUGCCAAGUUGGUCAUCAUCAUGGUCGGCCUGCCUGCCAGGGGCAAGUCGUACAUUACCAAAAAGAUCCAGCGCUAUCUCAACUGGCAGCAGCACAACACCAAAAUUUUCAAUGUGGGAAACCGUAGGCGCGUUGUCGCUGGCAUCACUCCUGCAGGUCAGUGCUCUGGCAAAACGGCGACGAAAGACGACGUUUCUACUCAGGUGGCUACUAUCUUGUCUGGGGGCCAUAAUCAUCCAGACAUUGUCAUCGAGGAGCCUUCAAAGCUGGACCUGGACAAUUCUGGCAAGCCACCUGUUCCCCCUGAAGCAAUGGACCAGUCGGCCAAGUUUUUUGAUCCCAAGAAUGAAGCCGCUUCCAAGUUGCGCGAACAGAUGGCACUUGACACUCUGGAUGAGUUGUUGGAUUAUUUGCUCAAGCAGGGUGGUGCUGUAGGUAUCCUCGAUGCCACAAACAGCACUGUUCAUCGUCGCAAGCUCCUUGUAGAGCGCAUCAGGCAACGCGAACCGAAGUUGGGGAUAUUGUUCAUUGAGAGUAUCUGCCAUGACCAGAAUCUUUUAGAAGCCAACAUGCGCCUGAAGCUCUCUGGCCCUGACUACAAAGAUAAGGAUCCUGUUAAGUCACUGGAGGAUUUCAAGGCGCGCGUCAAGGCGUAUGAGAGUGCUUAUGAGCCGCUUGGCAAGUGGGAAGAGGACAACGAUCUGCAGUACAUUCAGAUGAUCGAUGUUGGUCGAAAAAUCAUUAAUUUCCGCCUUCGGGGCUUCCUCAGCGGUGGCAUUGCCUCGUACCUGACUACGUUCAACCUGUCUCCCAGACAGAUUUGGAUCACACGUCAUGGCCAAAGUGUCGACAACCAGCUCCACAAGCUCGGUGGCAACUCGGAACUGACGGAGCGGGGCCACUAUUAUGGCGAAGCCCUUUACAGAUUCAUCACGCACAAGCGGAAGGAAUGGUUGGUCGAACAGAAAGAUAAGAUCGCCAAGGCGAACUUCCCUCCUCAGCCUGGAGACUACACGCCACCAUACCCUGAGCUAGACCAGGAGCUUGAAGACAAGAACUUCUGCGUCUGGACGUCGAUGCUCAAGCGCAGUAUUGAGACGGCGGAAUACUUCGAGGCAGAUGACGACUAUGAUGUUAAGGCUUGGGAAAUGCUUAACGAGUUGAAUGCAGGAGACUUUGAAGGCAUGACGUACGAAGAAAUCGCCGAGAAGUACCCGGAGGAAUAUGCCAAACGGAAUGCCGACAAGCUGGGAUAUGUCUACCCUGGAGUUGGCGGCGAGGGGUAUCUUCAGGUUAUCAGCCGUCUUCGAGACAUGGUACGCGAGAUUGAGCGCAUCACGGAUCACGUGCUCAUUAUUGCCCACCGGUCGGUUUGCCGUGUCCUCAUGGCUUACUUCAUGGAUCUUACCCGGGAUGACAUCGCCGAUUUAGACGUGCCGCUCGGCAUGCUCUACUCCAUCGAACCGAAGCCGUAUGGAAUUGAGUUCCAUGCCUACCGUUACAACGAAGCUAUGGGCUGGUUUGACGAAGUGCCGAACUACAAGCCUCGGAAGACGGUAGACCGGAAUUCAUGA